ACAUGAAUGUGAUCCGUGUGGGUGGAGCUGAGGGUUCAGACCUGCUGCACCAGCUCCCAGUCUGUGAUCAGAGUUGGUCCAAAGGAUGCAGCAGGAAACACUCGUGUGGAAUAAGAAAUGUGGACCUCAGUGUAUUUUCCUACAUUUUUCUUUUUUUUUCCUUAUGACUUGAAGAAUCUGAUUUUUCCAGUGAGCUUCCUUCUUUGAAAACAUUUUUUCAAUUAAGCAGACGCGCAUGUGGAUGCUUUGUUUUAKUUUAUUAUUAAUAUUAAUAGCUAUUCCUGAUGAUGGGAAGGGUUAAUCCCGCUGACGGCCGCCUGGUUGUCUUGCUGGUUGGAGUAAGCCUGACCGCGUUCUGCUUCACUCGUUUUUCCUGAGGGGGAAAAGAAAAGAAAAAACUUCCCCUAAAAAGUUCUCUUUAUGGCGCAAAAUGACAGAGUCUAAUUUGAGUAAUGGCAGCAACUAUGGGCUGGAUUUCGACGCGCUCAACGACUCCGUCCUGGACCAGAACGUCACGGCGUGCAGGAACUUCACCAUCAUGGACCCGCAGGUUGUCGGGGUCGGGAUCUUCCUGUCCGCCUUCAUCCUGGUGGCGUUCGCCGGGAACAUCCUGGUCAUCCUGUCCGUGGUGUGCAACAAACACCUGCAGAACAUCACCAACUUCUUCAUCGUCAACUUGGCCAUGGCGGACCUGCUGCUGAGCGUCAUCGUGCUGCCCUUCUCCGCCUCCCUGGAGGUUCUGGGCUGCUGGGCGUUCGGCCGGGUGUUCUGCAACAUCUGGGCAGCUGUGGACGUGCUCUGCUGCACCGCCUCCAUCCUCAGCCUCUGCAUCAUCUCCAUCGACCGCUACAUCGGGGUGAAGUACUGUCUCAAGUACCCCAGCAUCAUGACGGAGAGGAGAGCGGCGGCCAUCCUGGUGCUGGUGUGGGUCUCCUCCGUGGUGAUCUCCGUGGGACCCCUGCUGGGUUGGAAGGAACCCCCGCCMGUGGACGACAGCAUCUGCAGCAUCACGGAGGAGCCCGGCUACGCGCUCUUCUCCUCUCUCUUCUCCUUUUACCUGCCGCUCAUGGUCAUCCUGAUCAUGUACUUCAGGGUGUACGUGGUCGCCCGCAGGACCACCAGGAGCCUGGAGGCAGGGGUCAAGCGGGAGAGGGACAAGUCUGUGGAGGUGGUGCUGCGCAUCCACUGCCGCAGCGUGCUGGAGGACGCGCGCACCGCCAGCUCCAAGAGCAGCAAGAACCACCCGUUCCGAAGUUCCCUCUCCGUGCGYCUCAUGAAGUUCUCCAGGGAGAAAAAGGCGGCGAAAACUCUCGCCAUCGUGGUGGGGAUGUUCAUCCUCUGCUGGCUGCCCUUUUUCUUCUUUCUACCUUUAGGCUCCUUGUUUCCGUCACUGAAACCAUCCGAAACUGUGUUGAAGGUGGUCUUUUGGCUGGGAUACUUCAACAGCUGCAUCAACCCAAUUAUCUACCCCUGCUCCAGCAAAGAGUUCCACCGGGCUUUCACUCGAAUCCUCAGGUGCCAGUGUCACCAGAAACGGAGGGUCCUUCGUCGCUUCUAUGACCAGAGGUGGCGKACAGCAGUGAAGGGAAAGGCGAGGGAUCAGAGGGGUGACUACAGCGCUGGCUUCGCUGUGCAUGAAUCCUCUGGCAGCUCUUUGUUACAUAAAAGGAAACGGUGCUCGCUAGGUCUGAAGAGAUGGAGCUUCCUUCCACCGCUGCAAAAGUCCUCCUUUCAGUUCAAAGAAAAAGUGAACAACCUGUCAAACAAAAUCAAAGUGGGGACAGGAAAAGUCACCCCGCCUGCACUGGGAAGGACCGAUACAGUAGACACAGUCUCUAUGGGGAUUUACAACUCGUGCGAGUCAGGCAGUUUUCAGUUCUAUGAUCUGGCAGACUGUUACGGCCUGAAAGAGACUGACAUUUAGAGGGCCCYCGGGGAGUCUUUAAUUUAUUUUCAAAGGCCCAUACUGGACCAAACUGCAAGAAAAACUGUGAAAGAUGGGUGAGUUUGUGUUCGACAAAUCUAUUUAAAAAAGAUGAAAGCUGAGAAAAAAAAAAAGACUUGAUUCCAGCCCAAACUGGAGUUCAUUCCUCAUGACUGUUGUGUUUCUCUAACUCAAAUGACCUACAGCCACAUUACAAAGGAAGAUAYGACAAAAUACUGACCGAUGCACCAACUGUGCAUUAAGGCAAAAUAUUUCAACACAGACCCAGAUCAUUCUUAGAGUUAACAUGUAUUUUGUUUAAUUAUAAAGUGGACAACCUCCUUGUUUUUAAUUAUUAGCCAGCUGRCAGUGUGUGAAGACAACUGUGACUUGUUUGAUAUUUGUUGACAAAAAAAAUCACUGAGAGAGAUGAAUCAUAAGUGCAAUUUUUAUUUUUUUUAUCACUAGGAAUUCCAAACUGUACAAUAUAAAAAAAAUGUAUGUUUAUGUCUGCAAAAUUUUCUGUUCUGACAAGACUUUGUAAAGCAAAGAAGCUGUGUUCAUUCUGUUGGAUUUGUGAUCUAACCUGGUAUGUACCAAAGUGUAGUUUGCAGUGUCCAGUGAGCACAAAUGUGAAAUGAAUGUGCUUUUUUGAUAUGUUUUUGAUGUCAAAUUUAUGUCAGAUGKAUAGAAAAAUAAAAAGAGGAAAAUUAAGUUGGGAA